UAUCCUUAGAAGAGGUUCAACCUGUAUUAGAAGUAGCCCAUAGUAAAGAUACAGUUGAAAAUUUAGAGAUAGCUAUAGUUAAAGAUGCCUCAUUAAAAGAAAAGCAUAUUGCUUCUGAAGUUUUGGUAAUUCAUGAAACUAAUACAGCACAAGUAGCAAAUAAUAAGAACAAAGACAAUGAAG